AUGGCUCAUCGUUUCAGAUGGCAUGAGAAUCCCGAUAUAGCUGGAGCUAUUCCUGAACUCGGCCCCAAGUUGCAUGCUUGCAGAAUCAAGGCCAACCCGCACCCCUACCUUUCAAUCAAGCAUUCCAUUCUCACAGAUCUUAUUCUUGAUGCUAACUGUAACAUAAGGAACAACGUCAAAAGUCUCUUUCUCCGCCGCGAAUGCAAGCCACGAUACAGAUACAACUUCAACGAGCUCGAAGCCGACAUGUUCUACGACUGGGAAUGGUUGCGCUUCCUCCAUCGGGGCGACACUUUGGCGGGGGAUAUUGAGGUCCUUUGUAUUCGAAACCAAAAGGUGUGCGGUAUGAUUCACAACAGUUAA